AUUGAACUUAUAUUGCGACAUUCUCUUUUUUCUUUUCUUUUCUUUUUCGGAACAUGGAGACAGAGAUGGUUCCUCCUCCUACUACACAUCAAAUAGAGGAAACAGUGAAGGGAAUACUCAGAGAAGCUGACAUGGAUCAGAUGACUGAGUUCAAACUCCGCAUCUCCGCUUCUACUAAACUCGGUUUCGAAUUAUCAGACACCGAUCACAAGAAGCUUGUCAGAGACGUUCUUGAAUCCUUCCUUCUAUCCAAUCCCGACGAUGAGGCUGUCCACGAUGAAGCAAAUGUACAAGAAACGGUUUCUCCCGUGGAUCCUAAUCCUACCCUUACAGCUUCAACUGGUAGUGAAGAAGAGGAACGCUUUGUUUGUAAGUUAUCGAAGAAGCGACAUGCGACGGUUCAGAAAUACAGAGGCCAAGCUUUUGUAUCCAUUGGAGAGAGUUCUCUGGACAAUAAAAAGCCUUUCAGAGGAGUACAUUUGUCAGUUAACCAGUGGUCUGUGAUCAAAGAGAACUUUGCAGCAAUAGAGGAAGGCAUUAAGCAGUCCGAAUCAAAAUUAAAAUCUGAGUCAAAACAAAACGGAGAUACUUCUAAGCCUGUGGAGAACAAUAAUACUACCACUUGCAGUUUUUCCAUCAUAGAGACUUCACGUUUUGAUGGGAGGAGUUAUCUUCGCUGGGCAUCACAGAUGGAGCUUUUCUUAAAGCAACUGAAUCUUAGUUAUGUUCUCUUUGAGCCCUGUCCUGUUGUUACCAACAGUCCCUCUCAAGCUGAUGCUUCAGGGAAAAACUGGUUGAAAGAUGAUUACCUAUGCUACACUCACUUGUUGAACUCCUUGUCAGACCAUCUACACCGUCAAUACUCGAAAAAGUUCAAGCAUGCUAAAGAACUGUGGGAUGAGUUGAAGUGGGUGUACCAGUGUGAGGAAUCUAACUCAAAGAGGUCACAGGUGAGAAAGUACAUUGAGUUCAAGAUGGUGGAAGAGAGACCUGUUCUUGAUCAAGUCCAAGAAUUUAACAAGAUUGCUGACUCCAUAGUGAGUGCUGGUAUGUUUCUAGACGAGACGUUUCAUGUGAGUACCAUCAUCUCCAAGUUUCCACCGUCUUGGAGAGGGUUUAGCACACGGUUGAUGGAAGAGGAGUUUUUACCGGUGUGGAUGUUGAUGGAACGAGUCAAAGCUGAGGAGGAGGGACCACAGAGAGUUACGUAUAGACCAGCAACAGGCUCCUGUCAGAUGGAGAGGAUGCCACAGAGUCUAGGAAGAGGUUCUCAGAGUAUAGGUUGGAAGAGGAAAGAACCUGAGAGAGAUGGGAGGGUCAGUAUUGUCUGUGACAACUGUGGGAGGAGAGGACAUCUUGCAAAGAAUUGUUGGGGUAAGACACUUGAAGAGAGAGCUUCCAGCAAACCAAACCGGGUUACUUUUUCAUCCACUACACAUGUGGGUUCAGAGACUCAUGCAGCAACCAAGAAUGAUAAGGAGUAAUGGAACAGUUUUAUAUCUGUAUGAAUUACAAAACUGUAGCCUACACAGUGGAAGCUGAGUAUAUCAUCAGCUAACCAAAGGUGAAUCUUCUGAAACAGCUCUUCGUGUGCUUCUUCAUUUCAAAUGUAACAUUAGUGUAAAGAUCCUUAAACUAUUUGUUUUUGCAACGCUACCAAAAAGUUGUGUUCAUAGAUUGAACUUUAG